AGGCUGCUGGCUGACCAGCUUGAAAACAGGAAGUUUCAACUGUUACAUCCAGAGCUUGAAUAGAAAAAGUAGUUUCCAGUACUCCCUAUUCACAUGCUGGCGUGUGUAUUAUAUCCCAGUACACAGAAGCAGACGGACAUCACCUGCUCUGCGAUGGAUAAGUUUGUGUUCCUGUUGAUCCUUCUCUCUCCAGCAGCUUCCGAUGUGAAACCUGGAGAUGAUGUCAUUCUGCCAUGUCAGGCUGGUGAAGUCUCCAUCAGAGCUGUAGAGUGGACCAGACCUGACCUGGAGCCAGAGUACGUCCUCUUCUACAGAGAUGGACACUCAGUUUCAGAACAGCAGCAUCCAUCCUUUAAGGACCGGGUGCAGCUGGUGGACAGAGAGCUGAAGGACGGAAACGUGUCUUUAAUUCUGAAGAACGUGAGCAGCAACGACGCUGGAACAUACGAGUGUCGAGUUGCAACAGGAGGUUCAAGACGUAAGAGAGCCAACAUUAAGACUGAGCCAAUCAGAAUCUACCAGCUGAAGGUUUCAGGUUCCAACAGCGGAGACGUCGAGGAGGGAAACUACAGACAUUACUACGGACUGGGAGCAGGUUUUGUUCUGGUUUGUUUAGCUGCUGCUGUUGGAUUGGCUGUUGGCUGGAAAUAUAAAAGUCAUAAGAACAAGAAUCCAGAACAGCCUGCUGCUGAUGAAGCAGGGAGCGAUCAGCUCCUCUGAUCUCUUUUCACCAAAGCCGAGUUUUAUGUGUGCAAGUCCACCCAAAGAUAGCAAAAUUAGGCCCUGUUUACACAGACAGAGGGAUUUUCAAAACUUUUCCUAUGCGGUUUGGCCUUUCGUCUGGUUAAAAACUGGUUAUAAAAAUACCCGUGUACGUGUGGACUAAGCCUUAGAUUGUAUGUUUCGAUGUCCCCACAAAGAAUCUGUUUGUGUGUCAGUAUCUUUUUAUAUAAUCUUCGGUCAGUAUUUCUUUGUAUGUGUGUGUGGGAUCCUGAACCAUCUACCAAUCAAAACAAACCUGUGUGUGAAUGUGUCAGUAUGCAACACAGUGAAGAGAACACAGUCCUUUUGAUCUUUUUAUAAGCUAAUGAACAUCACCAAGGUAACCAGCUCUGUCAUACAGACAGAUAGGAAAAUAAACUUUCCGUCAAAUAAACCUCAAAAAGCCUAAACUUUAGGUCUUAUUGGCGAAAUGACCUGUGGACCAAUGGAGGAGUUGUGUGUCACAGUAUCAGUCCGAUGGAUUCAAUAAGCUCGUGUCUAGAACCAGCAGAAAUUUACUGCAUGAAGAGUUAAAAUUGUUGUCAAGCCAGCAAGUUAAAUACAUUUUUAAGAUGAGUUUUGAAAGAAACUUUAGCGAUGAUAUCGCACACUCAUCAUUUGGGCAUCUGUGGCUCAGGGGGUUGUCCGUUAAUCAGAAGAUGGACGGUUCAAUCCCCGGGCAAGAUACUCGACCCCGAAUCGCCCCUUUUGGCUGCUUCACCAGUGUAUGAGUGUGUGUGUGAAUGGUGAAUGCAGAUGUAGUGUAAAAAAACGGUCAAAAAAGAGAAAGAAAGGCUCUAUACAAAUACAGAGCAUUUACUUUAUAAGAUAAAAAAAGAGCUGGAAACUUUAUAUGCAGCAAUGUUACACAAAUAUAAAAGCUGACUACAACUUUUUAUAAUAUACUUGAACUUCUUGUGAACAAGAAGGUAUGCCAAACUGACAGUUUUUGGUGAUUUAAAGCUUUUGCUCUAUUUACUUGCAUGUGCCUCAGCACUGAUGUAUCACGGGGAAUUUCAUGAACUCUAACCAGCUAACAGAUGUAUGUUAUUGUUGCCUUUUAUUUGUUUAUGAACGAUUACUGUUUACAUGCAUUUUAUUACUAAUUAUUUUUAUACUGUGCUUCUUUGUACUGUCUCAAGAUGGCUCAGACCUUUUCAUUAAACAUGAGGUAAAGAAGAGUAAUAUUUUGAUUGUUAGAAGUAGGUCAGUA